AUGGUGACCGCAGCGGGGCCGCCCGGGCCCCGCCCCCCGCGCCACCGCCCAGCGGACCUGGCCGCGCCCCAAGGCCGGGGAGCCGCAGCCCGAGCGUCGGCGCGCUGCGGGCCGGCGGAGCAGGGGCGCGGAGACGCACGGACCGCGGAGCCUCCCCGGAGCAUGUGGAAGCUGAACCGGAGCCGGGUGCUCCUGGACGAGCCCCCCGAGGAGGAGGACGGCUUGCCAGGGGGGCCGCCGCCGGCCGCCGCCGCCGCCGCCCCCGCCGCGCAGGGUCAGGGAGCAAGCUUCCGAGGCUGGAAAGAAGUGACUUCUCUGUUCAAUAAAGACGACGAGCAGCACCUGCUGGAGAGAUGCAAAUCCCCCAAGUCCAAAGGAACUAACUUACGGUUAAGAGAAGAGCUGAAGACAGAGAAGAAGUCUGGAUUUUGGGACAAUCUGGUUUUAAAACAGAACGUUCAGCCGAAGAAACCAGAUGAGAUUGAAGGGUGGGAGCCUCCAGCACUCGCUCUCGAAGAGGUGACAGCUGACGCAGGGGACACGGCAAGCGGCUACCCCCCUCGGCCCAGCUGGGAGGAGGACGGCAAGGGCUGCAGGAAGUACAGCAGCCUGGCGAGCUCAGGGAACAGCUCCCGCUGGAGCCUGCGGUCGGCGGGGAAGCUGGUCGGCAUCCGACGGCAGAGCAGAGGCCACCUGACCGACAACUGGGAGGAGCUGGAGUGACCCUCCGGCCCCCCUCUGGACAGGUGCGCAGAGCGCGUGUUCCCCACCCACAACCGCUAACGUGGCCCCGUGUCUUCUCUCCCCUUGCAGGCCCGAGAGAGUGUGCCGUCUCAGGCCGUGUUUGUUCACACGCCUGCAGCUGCUCUGGUGUUUCUGUGAGGACGAGAGCAGAGCGCCUUCCCCGCCUGCCCGCGUCCACACGGGCCUGCCCGCAGGCUGACCACCUCCUGGGAAGCGUCUGCCUCUAACAGCGCCGCUGGGCACGGUCCCGUGAGCUGCACCCUGCUGUCCUCCCCUGCGUGCCCCCCCCCCCGUGUCCUGCAUGUGGUGUCCGUGUGUGUCCAUGACACUUGACUGUAGUGGCGGGCUGGGCCCUCUUCUGCUCCCAGAAGCCCGCAAUCCAGCCGUGAAGCCACUCUUCCAAAGGUUAUGUUAAACUGCAUUCGACCCAGCGAAUUCAACUUUUUUUCAUCACAAAUACCAGAAAAUCAAAGUUACAUCUGGUGCAGCAUGAGAUGCCACUCUCCGCUUUACCUUCAUCUCUUGCGCUGGCAGGAGGAGUCUCCCGUGUGCACGGAGGAUGAGGACAGUGGUUCCUCCUUUAGGGCUCCUCUUACUCGUCCCAGACGUCCACGUUGUGAUCUUCAUGUUCUGCCGAAAGCGUGUUGUUCUGUGGCUGCAGGCUCAAGAGUGCCGUGACGUGUGGGUCAGGGUUAGCAACUUGAUCCUCUCAGUUACUCUUGGGAAACACGGAUUUGCUGAUGGAGUUAAAACUAUAUAAAAUACUGCAAGUGCCUCUUUUCUAUAACGUGCAGGUGUUUGGUUUCCUAGUGAGCCAGCUGACGUGGCCGCGGCCGCAAAGCAAGGACAGGCUGCGCACUGGGCUCGGGGCUCCUUGGCAGGACCGCCGUGUCCACAGGCGGCGCCCACAGCUGCCUGAGGCAGUGGUGGUUUGGAGAAAAAGGUUUAGAGGUUUUUUUGGCUAAAAACAUACCUCUCGUGAGAAAACAUGCUCCCCCCUGUUGGAAAACACUUGUGGGACCCCACGCAGGCCUAGUGCCAGGACUCCUGAUGGUAACAGCAUCAGUCUGUCCUCCAUCCGCCCAUCUGUCCAUCUUUCUUUAGUAGAUCAAGGAACUUAUUUGGGCAGGUCUUAAGUUUGUUAGGACCUCGAAAUGCUAGGGGGUGUUUGGUGACAGAGGGAAGCUGGACAAGUCCUCAGGGAAAGGGUUCAAUUGGUGGCCGUGGCCUCGCGGCCCUGCCCAGGCUGGCUGGACUCGGGCACGCGUGUCAGAGCCAGAGCUGGAGGCGCUGUGUCUGGAACCCGAGCCCCGCGGCAGGUGGCCGCACACCCGUGUGACAACGCUAAGUGCCUGUAACUCACCUCUGUGCGAGUCUGUGACACGAGACUGGUGACACUCCUUCAUAACACUGUUUCUGAGCAUCUGAAGACAAAGCCAGGUCAGAAUUGGAAUACGCGCUGUAAAUCACAUUUUUCUUAUUACAAAGAUUAAUGUGAAAACAAGCUUUUUCUUCUGUUGUCUCAGACUAAAUGAAAAUAAGUAUGUUUGUGGUUUUUUAAUAUAUUUAUUGCUGUGCUUUGGGAGAAAAGUAUUUUUCUUGAUCGAGUUUACCGAGCAGCUGUGUGAUGUUCACGGGUCAGUGAGAGAGUGUGGUUUUGGGAUUUUUGUCUGGGAACACACGACAUCACUGUGUAAAGGGCCAGUGGUCUGUGCUCCUUCUACUGUUGCUUAUUUUGUAAAGGAAAGUGACUGGCGUUGAAGAAAGGAGAAUUCAUUCUCAGCUGAGGUUUUACAAGAAUAAAAGUACAUUCAUUUCCUCUUU